AUGGCAUCCCUUGCUCACAAGCGCAAGCGCGACUCUCUCGACCAUGACGUUGGUCACGCAUCUGCCCAAGGAGACUUCAAAGAGUACAGAGACCCAUCAAAUGGCGAGUACGAAGCUCCGUUUCUUCACUCAAGCCACGAGAACGAUAUGCCGCCGCACUUUGCCGAUGCUCUAGUCCAACACAAUGCCGGCGACCACGGUGUUCAUGACCAUUCCUUGCACGACCACAACGUCCACAAUCAGGGCUCGACCAAUGGACAAAGCGCGAGCGAGACGGCCAACGCUGCUCUGCACUACUCGAUGGGCGUACCACAGAACCAUGACGAGUCUUUCCUGACACACAACGACGGUCAUCGCGAGUCCAGCGCCACCUUCUCCCUCGACGCUGGCGCUGGUCAGCCAAAUUCAGAGGCAUACGGCGAGUUCGCCGGCCUCGAGCAGUUGAAGGAUAAUGCACAGCCUCAGCAACAGCAGCAACAGCCUCCGCCCCAGAAUUCGGUCCUGGGUACCACAGAAGACUCACCUUCAGCAACGCCGUCUGGUAACAAGCCCGCUGUGGGAACCGACGAAUGGCACAAGGUCCGUCGUGACAACCACAAAGAAGUCGAACGCCGUCGCCGAGAAACCAUCAACGAGGGCAUUAACGAGCUCGCCAAGAUUGUGCCUGGCUGCGAAAAGAACAAAGGAAGCAUUCUUCAACGUGCCGUUCAGUUCAUCACACAACUCAAAGAGAACGAAUCUCAGAAUAUUGAGAAGUGGACAUUGGAGAAGCUUCUCACCGAACAAGCCAUCGCUGAACUCAGCGGUUCUUGCGAUAGGCUCAAGGGUGACCUAAAUCAAGUCUACAAAGAUCUGGAAGCAUGGAAAAGAUGCGCCCAACGCGCCGGAGUCGAACCUACGGAAGAGGACCGCGCAGCUGCUGCUGGCAACCGUGACGACGAUGUUUAG